AUGUCAGCAUUGGCGGAGAAAAUCGGCACCAAGCUUCUGGUAAAGUUUGCUUGUGGCAUCGCAGGAGCAGCUGGCGCCAAGGCUUUUGAGAAGGGCUUUGAGGAGUUCUUUGGCAGCGAUGAAGGCAACAUCAAAAACGAGAUCGCAGAUGUCAAGAAGGACCUUAAAGAAGCCAUUGGCCUCAUUCGCGAUGUCAAGAAGUCCAUUGACAAUCUUGCUAGCCAAUUGGCCGAUAGCAUUCUGCAACUUCGAAGUGACUCCCUGAAGAGUCAUUUGACAAAGAUUGACAGUCUCUACAACGGCAUUAUUGACAUUUUCGAGACUGUUGUUCGUGACUCCGAGAUCGCGGAUCUUGAGAAACGCCAGGAGAAAAUGCGUGAUCUCCAGAAGCGAUUGGAUAAUCGCCUCAAGGAGGCUGUCAAGGAGGUUCCAGAGAGUCUUGAACAAAUCAACAGCUUUUUGGGCGAGGAGGGGAAGAGUUCAUUCUUACAGCAACUUGCACAGCGAGCCUUUGACAACUCAGAAGAAUUCCGAAUUUUCUACCUUCGAUGCAGAGCUUUGGUCUACAGCUACUGGGCCGUGGUCGGGCGGGGAAUCGAGCUUCUAGAGAUGGCGACAAAAUCCCCCAAGGUUCACUUCUCUGAAGGAGAAAAGACUACCGCCCGUCACCUUGGAUACCUGGAGAAGCAGCAACAGCUUUUCGAGUCAUCUGUGGGCAAGGCUACCAUCGACCUUUACAACAGUCUGAUGGAAGUCGAGGGUGAGAUGAAGUUGCCAAUCUGGUUUGCGACUGGCGAUGGAUCGGGACUUGGAAAGGUGUCGCACCUUAUUCCCUCCACUCCCAUCCCCAUUGCAAGUGGCGGGUGGCAGAAAUGGCACCUGAUACCGGCGUCGGGCAGGGAGUCACUUGAUUCAUUCAGCGGCUCUGCCUACUGGCUGCAAGAGAUUGAAACAGGCGAUUACUUGGGCAUCGUGACCGCAGGUGGUGGCUACAAUAGUGCCAGAUUCGUCGUUAAAGGGCAUGGGCUCAAAAUCCCCGUUCAGUGGAACUGGUUUAUCAAGCCUGCAGCGCCAGGUUCCGACAGGUUUACUAUUAGGCAGGAGGAUUCCCCAGGCUGGGUUAUCGGUGUGGACAACGUGACUAAGGCUUUGGGCAUGAAGGAGCCUUUGCCUAGCCCGAGUGCUGAGUUGUUCCAAAUUCUACCUCUGGAUAGCUGA